UCAAGUUCAAUAGGGAAUCACUGCUACAUUAAUCCCCACGCAUUACGUGUUGUAGGUGGAUUUGGAUUCCAAAUCGUCUAGAACGGCGUCCAGUUGUUCAUUAUGGUUCGGAUCAAAUGCUGAUAUGCAGCCAGAAUCACAAUGACCCGUUCAAGAAGAGUAUAAGAUCGUGGAGUAUGACUCUAGUGUUUCAUCCUCAACUCAUCUUUCUCUUCACCUCAUCCAUCAUUUGCGGGUCAGACUACACCUAGAAGACUAAAAUGCGUUCUUCGCAUGUCGUAGCUGCCAUUGCUUCUCUCCCAGCUCUGGCAAAAUCUCUCAGCUUGACCGAUAUUUGUACACCAACCUAUCUCGCGGCUAACUUCCCAUCUGUUGAUUUUUAUAAUGGAAUAACUCUGGAUCCAACAUCCAUCACAGCUAAGACGGUGACAAACGCCUCGGCAUCGAGUGUAUUUUAUCCCAAUGCCGUUAUCGAUUAUUGUGCUGUUACGUUCAAGUACUCUCACAAUGGUCUGAACGACAGUGUUCUUCUAACAUACUGGAUUCCUGCACCAGCAAAUUUUCAAAAUCGUUAUCUUUCUACGGGUGGUGGUGGAUAUGCCAUCAAUUCAGGGACUCAAUCAUUGGCUGGUGGAGUGGAAUAUGGUGCGGUUGCAGGUCAAACUGAUGGUGGUUUUGGAAUCUUCCAAAAUAAUGCUAUUGCUCAAUUUCUUCUUGCGAAUGGGACCGUCAAUUGGCAAAAUGUGUACAUGUUUGGAUAUAAUGCUAUUCAUGAGAUGAGUGUCAUUGGAAAGGAAUUCACUUCGACUAUCUUUAAUAUAACAGUCGAAAACGCUACCUUGUAUUCUUACUAUCAAGGCUGCUCUGAAGGUGGCAGAGAAGGCUUUAGUCAAGUUCAACGUUUUGCGGACCAAUUUGAUGGAGCGGCAAUUGGUGCACCGGCUUUCAGAUAUGCAUUCCAACAAGUGCAACACCUUUUUUCCAGCGUCGUCGAGCAAACUUUGGAUUAUUAUCCACCACCUUGCGAAUUGCAGAAGAUUGUCAACGAGACAAUCAUUGCGUGCGAUCCGUAUGAUGGUAAAACAGACGGAGUAGUCUCCCGAACAGAUCUUUGCACGAUAAACUUCAAUAUCUCGACUCUUUUGGACACACCAUACUCUUGCCCUGCAGCAGCAGCAGGAGUUUUUACUGCUGCAACACCCGCACAAAAUGGGUCGAUCUCAGCCAAGGGUCUAGCUAUAGCCCAGAAAAUACUCGACGGUCUCCACACCACUGAUGGCAAACGCGUCUAUUUCUCAUAUACUCCCUCCUCCACCUUCACCGACGCAUCCACAUCCUACAACUCCACAUCCGGUCAAUUUGAUCUUGAGAUUACCUCUCUUGGCGGCUCCUUUGUCGAAGUCCUCCUCGAUCUCAAAAAUGGUUCUAACGUUCAAUCUCUCGAAGGAGUGACAUACGAUACCCUCCGCGACUGGAUUCAAGACGGAUGGAACCGUUAUAACGAUGUUCUAAUGACCAACUGGCCAGACCUUACUCCUUACAAAAACUCCGGCGGAAAAAUUAUCCAUUUCCACGGCGAAUCCGACUUUAGUAUCCCCACUGCCUCAUCCGUUCGAUACUAUGAGUCUGUGCGGGGGAUUAUGAACCCGGGCCUCUCAUAUAACGAUUCCGUCGCCGCAACUAAUGAAUUCUACCGAUUAUUCCUCGUACCAGGUGGUUCACAUUGUGCGGCCAACGCAGCCGAACCUAAUGGACCAUGGCCACAAACGAAUUUGCAGGUUUUGAUUGAUUGGGUGGAAAAUGGAGUGGCUCCUGUUACUUUGAAUGCGACGGUUUUGCAGGGAGAAAAUAAUGGGAUGAAUCAACAGAUUUGUGGGUGGCCUUUGAGACCCUUCUGGACGAAUAAUGGGACGACUAUGGAAUGUCGGUAUGAGCAGGAGAGUAUCGAUUCGUGGAUUUAUGACUUGGAUGCUUUUGAUAUGCCGGUUUAUUAGAUUGGGUUAAAAAGUUGAUGGGGAAAUGCUGAGGGAUAAGGUUAAUGAUCGAUUGGUGAUGGUGAUGGGGGAUGUGAAUGAGGAACGGACAAUGUGUUGCAUUGCUGCGUACUACUAUACCUAUUCAUUGUAUAAAUAUCGGAGUACAAACCAAUUGAUCAACUUAUAUCCAUAA